AUGUCUCCCUUGUCCCUCAAGGCCAUCGGCGGCGCCGCAGCCAUCUACCUGGUGGGCCGGCAGGUCCAGUGCCCGUUCGUUGCCAUUCCUCUUAUGUCGGUUCCGCUGCAACCAGUUUUACUGGUGCCAAACUUGCCAGGCAUUUCGGCAACAGGUUCGACGAGUGUGACGCCAUCGUUGCCGCCCCAGCACCCCCCUGGAGUGCCUCAGUACAACUUCGACAUGUGCGUUGGGGCCUUGAUGAACCCAGCCGUCACGAUUACGAUUACCGGUCCUGUUGAGAACAAUGGUGCUCGAAUUCACGGCCUGCCUUCUGUCUACAUGGUUCUUGGAACCGUCAUCGACGGCGAACCGGCCGGUGGUCCAGUGCCGACUCCCUGUGGCUCUGCGUGCCUUCUGUACAACAACCUCAACGCGGGUGAUUAUGGAAAGAUGCAGGAUAUUCUCACCAGAGUGAAGAAUCUGUAG